AUGUCUGACUUGCGCAUGCUUGAGCUUGAAGAUAUAGUUUGGGAUGAUUUUUGCCAGAGUGAUGAUCAUAUAGUGCCCCAUCCUGGUGACGAACAGGCCGAUGAAAAUCCCUUUCAAGAUAGUAGGCUGAAGAGACCUCGCCUGGAAGUAACUGGUAUUUCAAAUAAUUCUGGAGAUAGAUCUGCCACUACAAAUAUUGGCCAGGAUAAAGAUCAUGGAGACUUUUCAAAUUUAAGUAACCAAAGGAACACAAUGUUGGAAAAUGAUUCAUCCAUCACACCCAAUGCUGUCUUCCUUUCUUCCUCUGAUAGUGACUUAGUCAAAGAAGUAGCAUCUGAAAAUGCCAAAACAUCAGGUCAUGGCUUCAAAAGCAAUAAUACAGACACUAGUGGUAGUGAGUUUGGUGGAGAUGAUCUUGUUCUUAAUGACAAAAGCACUGUGGUUGAUGGCAACUCUUACAGUUAUACACUUGGUGACAUUUCUCAAACAGACAAUGAUCUCAAUUUCUUUGACAGUAAUCCUGAGGACAAAGAUUCCAGUGAUUUCUUGUAUUGCGGUUUGCCUGAAAUUGGAAAUUUUGAGGAUGUUGACAGGAUAUUUAGUUGUGACUCGACAUUUGCACUUGGUGCUGGUAACGAAGAUGAAUUGUGUUGGUUUUCAUCACCAGAUGCUCUAGGAGGGUCUGAAGAUGUGCCAAAAUCUGAUUUUAAGUUUCCAUGUUCCCAGUCAAAUGCAUUGAAAAAUACAUCAGAGAAACAUGACUUCUUGAUGCAAAAUGCUAGCUAUUCUGUGAACGAUUCUGCAUUUAGAAGUGGAGCGGUUAGACACAAAGGUGGUUCUUGGCCCUCAGAGAUUGAUGAAUCUGUUAAGCAUCUGGCUUUUGUGAAUGGACCUUCUAGCUCGGAUAGCAAAGAAAAAUUUAUGCCUAAAGGACAGGUCCAUGAGAAUAAAAAGCAGUCAAAACACCGAAACCAGUCUGGUGGAAAAAGAAAAGAACAUUACUAUGGAAAUGGCAGUUCUUUUAAUUAUAAUAGUAACAUGCCAAAUGAAGUCAUGCAGCUUGAUUUGGGAGCCACGUCUAAUCGAAGUUUCACAUCUGCGGGUAUUCAACAGCAACAGCAAUCACUGGAUCCAGAUUCCUCUGGACACCUACAGAAUACUGUUCCUUUCGUGCAUUCUGAUAAUAGUCACCUAUCAGAUCAGACUUCAGUGCAUCCAACUGUAUCGGCUAUAAAAUCUGAGAAUAAUUAUUUAACACCUCUUUCUCAAAGGAAGUUAUCCUAUGCAUCCAGUCUAGUGCAAUCGGUGGAGAAUCCUCAUGAUCCUUCUUCUGUUUCAGUAAAAUCGCAAGUACGUCUUUCUGGAGAUAAAUUUGAAAAUCGCAGUGUUGUCAGCAUGGUUAAACCAGGAGAAUUAGGUUCCUCAAAUGUACUGGAGGGAUCAUCCAUGAGUUCAGGUUUGGAUGAUGUGUCGCAAGAAGCAGCUAGCUUUCGGCAUCUUCAGCUUGUCUUGGAACAGUUGGACUUGAGGACAAAGCUAUGCAUAAGGGAUAGUCUUUACCGAUUGGCUUGGAGUGCCGAACAAAGACAUAACCAUGCAAACCCCAGUAAUAGUUGGGGAGAUGACAGAGAUGCCAAUGGAGCACUGAUGGCUGAAGGAACAAACAAGUCCGCUGAAUUUAUGGAUAUGGAAACCGAUACGAAUCCUGUAGAUCGCUCGGUUGCGCACUUGCUGUUCCACAGGCCCUCAGACUUGUCCGUGAAACCUGCCCCUGAUUCAUUGGCUUUCAAGUCACCUAGCACGGUUCAUGGAUCUAUAAAUAGCCCCCAUGUAGUGCCUCAGACUGUACUUAACCAUGAAGAAAGCGCUGUUGAAACAGAGAAAAAAGGCUGA